AGAAGGACAAGUCAGCAAAGCUCUUGCAUUUCUCAUGAACUGCGGAGUCGUAUUGGGCUUCUAUUGCUGGGGUUGGGAGUUCUUAACUGCCCUUCUUCUCAUGUCCUCCUCCUCCACCUCUUAGUUACCCUGCUAUCAUCACCAUCCACUUAAUUUCUUCCUUAUUAAUUUCCCAGCCGGGUCAGAAAGAAUUCGAUCAUAGAGCAGGAGUAAUCACCAAAAUCUCUCUCUCUGUCUCUGUCUCUCUCUCUCUCUCCCCCUUUUUUAAAAAUCCUCUCUAUCAAUCUUCUUGAAAUAUUCUUAUUACCUAUAUUGUAUUUUUGAUGAUGAUGGAGCCUGAAUGUGAGAAGAGUUUGCUUGAAUAUGUGAGGAAGUCUUCACCUCCACCUUUCCUGUUGAAAACCUACAUGCUUGUUGAAGAUCCCUCCACCGAUGAAGUUAUCUCGUGGAACACGGAGGGAACGGCUUUUGUCGUCUGGCAGCCGGCGGAGUUCGCCAGAGACUUGCUCCCGACGCUCUUCAAACACAGCAACUUCUCUAGCUUUGUCCGGCAGCUCAAUACUUAUGGUUUUCGCAAAGUUGCAACGGCCCGGUGGGAGUUCAGCAACGACAUGUUUCGCAAAGGCGAAAGGGAUCUGCUCUGCGAAAUCCGUCGAAGAAAAGCAUGGACUAACAAGUCACAUUCUAAUAAUAAUAAGGGACAACAAAGUCAUCAUCAUCAUCAAGCAGCUGCAGCUGCAGCUGCACCAACAAAAGAUCAAUCCGAUGAAGACCAAAGCCAAAGGUCAUCAUCAACUUCAUCAUCGUCAGAUCAGUACACUGUCCUCAUUGAUGAGAAUAAACGACUUAAGAGGGAGAAUGGAGUCUUGAGCACUGAACUUUCUACCAUGAAGAAGAAAUGCAAGGAGUUGCUUGAUUUGGUGGCCGUGUAUGCUGACCAGGCUGGGGAGAAGAAUGAUGGCUCUAUUGUUGAUAAUGAUGAGUUUGAUGAGAGGCCAAAACUUUUUGGUGUGAGAUUGGAAGUUCAAGGAGAGAUAGAGAGGAAGAGAAAGUUUGCUGAGAUUAGUAGAAAUGCUCAAGUUUUUCUGUUUCAAUCGUGCAAAUAAGUGUACUUAUUUUGUUGGAAAUCUCUCACUUAAUUAAGUAUUAGAUUUGUGUUUUUGCAAUGUAUUAAAAAGGAAUGAACUGUGAAGAUGGUUCAAACUUUAAAAAAUCAUUAAUUUGUAAAUUACUCUCUGUUUCUUG